CCUCCCACUGGAAGUGCUGGGUGUGCAGGAUGUGCCGAGCAGCCAAUUACCCCUCCUCCUGYGCUAAUCCAGCUUUCCCAACGGUCCCGCUGCUGCCAGGUGCGCGGCUGUGCCAACGGGAAACUGCGGAGCACCCCGACCUGCCGCUCGUCACGGAGCUGUGCCACCGCUGUGCCAGCUCAUCCCUGCCAGCGGGGAUCCUGCCCGCUCCCAGAGCCUGCCCAGGGACUCAGCUGUGGCUCUGCAGUCGGACCAGUGGGCCAGGACUGGUGCCCAGCCUCGCUGCAGUGAGGCAGCUGUCACCGGGAGAGGAGGGGACAGGCAGGACGUGCCAGGCUCCAGCACCYGCAGGGCUCUGCAGCAGCAGCUCCAGCCCGGGACAGCCUGAGCAGCCCCUGGGGCACAGCGCAGGGACAUGGACACCCGGACAGGACACGACCCCAUCAGAGUGUUCGGGGUUGCCGUGGGCAUUGGGCUGGCCCUGCUGAUUCUGGCGAGUUUUGGCUACACCUUCAUCCGGUGGUACCGGUGGGGCUGCUCCCGGCGCCGGCCUGACUUUGUCUUCAACCUCUACCACUCGCGCGGGCUGGGGUCGGUGGCACUGGAACUGGUGCCACCAUUCAGCAUCAGUGGCUCGCUGGGCACAGCGGGCAGUGGCUACGAGCCCUUCCACAACCAGGGGCAGUGAGGAGGGAGCUGGGCUGGCCAGCAGGCUUUGGUUUGUGUUUCCUUCCGCACUGUCCCCGGCCUGGGAUGGGACACGUGGCYGGGGACAAAGGGACAGAACUGGAGCCCGGCUGCUCUUGCAGCGCUUCCUCUCGCUGCCUCUCACCCCCCUCCACCCAGAACAACCCAAAAUGUAACCAAAACCAUCCGGGGGAAUGCCUCCRUUUUCACUUCUGCAAAACCAGCCCCUGAAUACUUUGGAUUUCGACCGAAAUGAAAACAUUGCAGUUUCUGUUGCUGAAAAAGCUUCACAAGAACCACAAAGGGUUGGGGYKGG